AUGCCCAAGAAGAUCAGAAGGACUGCAAAAAUUGAAGUCUGUAUGCCGCACAAACAGAGAACGAAAUUUACAGCAACACUGGUGGAUACAAGUCUGUUCAAGCCUCCAUUACUCCAUACUAGAUACACCGAGCUACCACAUAAAAGGAAGAAGAAAUUGAAAGUGGCUGGGGCAGAUUCUAGUCAUCUCAAACCACAUCUUGAGCCCCUAAGAAGCCCUGCCAAUAUAUUUACUCCUUGUCAAUUCAAAAUUACUAAUGGUAGAUAUGGAAGCAAAGAGAAGGGAGAUGAUGGAAAUGGCUAUAAGAAGAACACAAGCGAUGCUCAUAUGAUAUCUGAUAUAAAAAAACCCCAACCAAAAAUCUACUCCUCCUUACUAUGCUCCCUCUUAACUAGCCUGCAAACCAUGGAUGUCAACGAACUGAUCAAUCAAGCGGAGGAUUGGGAUCUGGAAAUGAUUCCAGAUGAAACAAGGGUGGCGAAUAGAAACAGCCUCAUCGGGAAGGUGCUAUCUGAAAGACAGGUCAAUGAACUCUCCAUGAGAGGAAUGAUCCGAGCCGCUUGGUUAGAAAGCUUCAAACCAAAGAUCAAUGAGAUGCCCAGAAUUAAGGAAGUUGACAAGAAUACCUUCAUUCUCGAUUUUGACACCAAAGUGGAGAUGGAAGCAAUUUGGGAGGAUCUCCCUUGCCUCCUGUCAGGCACCUUGCUCCAGCUCAAAAGAUGGACUGGAUCUGACAAUGCUGCAGAAAUCAACUUCAAUAAUGCUGAAUUUUGGAUCCAAGUCCAUAACCUACCAGAAGUGUUUCGAACAGAAGGUAAUAUUUCCAUGGUCAAAUCUAUGUUUAACUGUGUCAUUGACCUGGACAGAUCAGCUCUGGAUGCUCAGCUCUAUAAAAGAUUCGCGAGAGUGUUUGUGGAAGCCAACACAAAAAAACCACUUCUUGAUGGAUUCUACCUGAGGCAUCAGCAAAAAAGAAUCUGGGUAGCGUUCAAAUAUGAGCGGCUGAUGAACCUCUGCUACCUCUGUGGGAAGAUUAACCAUUCCAAGCAAGAAUGUGAGAUCAGAGGAUCCGGUGCCGGUGCUGCCCACAACCUACCAAGCGUUCAGAGGUGGGGGCCCUGGACUAGGGCGAACACGAAAAUGAUGUCACCCAGAUCGGUGCAACAACACGAGGCUGAUCUGCGCAUCAAUAGAGACGCAUCUUCAACCUCAAACUCCCCCGGCGGGCAACCUUUCCAGACUCCUCCGACAAACAGUGAACGAGUGGGGCCAACUUUAGGAUUCUCGCCUCUCAUAAAUCAAAUCCCUCUCUUUGUCUCAUCUCAAAACUUCCCGUUCCAAACGGAUCUCUCACCCCCUACUGUCUACAUCUCUCCCCAUCAGAACAAUCCCUCUCCUCUUUUUCAAAAUCAAACCCAAUUCCCUACUUUUUCUCAAACCUCGAAAGUCUCCAGAAACCUCUUUGAAGCAGCCCAUCCAAGCCCAACAAAACUGUUGCUUCUCGAUAUCACCCAUCCAAGAAAAAUGAAUUUAGCCCAAUUGUUCAAAACAAGAAGAUAA